AUGGCUUUCCAUCACACGCGCUCCUUCUUCCAGAGCUACAAGAACCUCACUCGCAAGCAGCGCGUUGCCGUCGGCCUCGCUGGCAUUGUCGUCUCGCUCGCUGGCAUCCAGUUUGCAGACCACCUCGACACGGUGCUCCUGGUCAACCCGCCAGCGCCAUCAAGCACCACGACUACUACUACUACUAGUACUACUAGCACUGCGACAUACAAAAGAAUGCUCGCGCUCCUCGCCGUCAUCAUCACAAGGCCGGCAUCCUUUGCAUGCUUGUUCGCGCUACUGAGCGGGUUUUUCGGCUUUCUCAACUACAAGGUUGACUUUGAACAAGUCACCUUCAGCUAUGCGGCCGUCUACGAACGGCAGCAGCUUUCACGUAUCAUCACUGCGCCAUUCUUCCAUGCCAGCCUCGUCCAUCUCCUCAUGAAUAUGAGCGCCGUGUGGACGUGCUCGUUUUUCGAGGAAGAGCGCGGCACCCUCGAGUACAUGCGCGCAACCGCCCUCUUGAUCGGCCUCAGUGCCUUCGUCCACCUUGCCCUGACGCAUUGCCUCGUUCUCCAUGCCAACUGGCGCGGUCUCGUGGAACGCCGUGACUCGUACCGCACCUGCUUGUCUGUCGGCUACUCUGGCGUCGCAUUCGGCCUUGCCACCCUCCUCGGCUUGGCUCAUCCCAUGUAUCCCGUCCCGUUUCUGUUUGCCAACUUCCCAGCUUGGUCUGCUCCCCUGUUCAACCUCAUUCUCACGCAGUUCUUGGUGCGGAGGGCGAGCUUGCUUGCCCACGUGUCCGGUAUCAUCGCUGGCGUCUUUCUGCACUUUGGUGGCUUGGAUGUCGUGAGCAACUUUGCCGUCUUUUGCCUGGCUGCGCAGUUUGUGGGCGGAUACAUGCUGGAACACGAUAUGUGGCCGUUUGAGAAUCUUGCCGAUGGACCUGCAGCCGUGUUGGACCUGCCCCUACAAGUAAACCUGAUUCCGUCCAGCGUUAUCGCCGAGCGUCUCGAUCGACGGCACCAACUCGAGUCAGUCAUGGUCGGCGCACCCGCGCCUCACCGCCCAGGAUUGUACGACAUGUCCGCUGCGCAAUCCCAGAGUGGCUUUGCUUCGCAGGUGUCCAGAGGCUCGAGUUCCAACGUCCGCAACACAAGUUUCCCACUUCCAGCUGCGUCAUUGUCGAGCGGCCAAUCCACUUCUCUGCCAGUGACUCCAUAUCGAGGAGGAGCCUCGACGUCCUCGGCGCCAUCCGCUGUUUCAACCGCUGCUCGUCCUGCAAGGGAUGACGAACUGGAUCCCGAGCUGUCGUAUCCGAUCGACGCCCCUUUUCGCUCAUUCUCACCCACACAUCCGCAUCCUUCACGAAGAUGA